AUGUCGACUAGUUCGGAUUUGGAAGCUAAACAAGGGAGCACUGAUUUGCCAGUAAAAGCGGUAAGCCCACCACCUCAAGAUGACUCCAACAACCGAAUCACUGUCCCAGACGGUGGAUAUGGGUGGUUUGUAGUGGUAGCAUACUUCUGCUAUAAUUUCUCACAAUGGGGCGCCAACGCUGGUUACGCGGUCUAUCUGGCACGCUAUCUCGAUACCAAUCAGUUCGUCGGCGCUGGCAAGCUCGAUUACGCCGCCAUAGGUGGUCUGGCAUUCGGCUCCGGGCUCUUUUUCGGGCCGGGCAUCGCAUGGCUUGUCCAUGUCACCAGCGCUCAAAUAGUUAUAGCCAUUGGGCUCGUUCUGCAAUGUGCGUCGCUACUUUUGGCAGCGUUUUCUGUCAAACUGUGGCAGUUAUAUCUCACUCAAGGUCUUAUGAUCUCUUUUGGCCUGGCCUCAAUUUGCAUUCCUAGUAUGACGCUUCUUCCCCAAUGGUUCCGCAAGAAGCGCAAUAUCGCUAUGGGAAUUGGUUCCGGUGGAUCUGGACUUGGUGGUAUCAUCUUCAAUCUUGGCAUGGAAAAGAUCAUGGAUGAAAAAUCCGUCAAAUGGGCUCUUAUCACUCAGUGUAUCAUUUGUACGGUACUCAACUGUUUUGCACUAUCCCUCACCAGAACGCGUGUUCGUGAAAUUCGCGCCAGUAGCACCAAAGAACCUAAGUAUCGUGUCUUUGAUCAACAAGUUGUUUCUAGUUUGGGUUACUGGCUCAUUGUGGCCUACGUCUCCUUCACCAUGAUGGGUUAUGUUGUUCUGCUCUACUCAAUGUCGGCUUUUACUGUUUCUCUCGGCUACUCUCAAUCUCAAGGUUCCAUCGUAUCCUGCAUGAUCAGCGUAGGAGCAUUUUUCGGCAGACCAACGAUGGGGUUUAUUGCAGACAUCUAUGGGCCUGUAACCAUUAGCAUCGCGGCGCAUUUGAUGGUUGCCAUUUUUAGCUUAGCUAUGUGGAUACCAUGCCGAAACUUCGCUACUGCCUUAAUCUUCUCAUUAAUUGUGGGACUUUUUAUGGGGACUAUCUGGUCAGUACUAGCACCGAUCGCAACGCGAGUCGUUGGGUUACACAAGAUGAGUGUUUGUCUCGGCAUGAUUUGGAUCUUUCUCAGUGCCUGUGGUAUUACUGCCCCCAUCAUUGGUCUUGAACUACGUGAUACUAAUGCUACGUCGGGAAACGACUACAUCAAGACAGCUAUAUUCACAGGCAUGAUGUAUUUUGGAUCGGCUCUUGCGCUGUGGUUUCUCAGGGGCUUACUGGUAGCCAGAGACGAAUUGGCCAUAGAAGCCCAAACUGGGUUCGAUGACGGAGAACUUCAUCUAAGAAUAUCUCCCAAACAAUGGGCCGCCGGCUUGUUCAAAUUUCGUCAACUACCGAGACUUGUGUAA